CCCAUUAAUACCGUACAUCUUUGAGAUUUUUAUAGAAUAUUGAGCAAUUAAUGAGAUUCGGAUAUAAAUCUAAGUUCUUGUUCAGUGUUCUUUCCUUCUUUGGGUGUUGAAGAAACUAAUUAAUUAGGAGAGAUAUGGAGGAAACUCUUCCCCCGGGAUUUAGAUUUCAUCCGACCGAUGAAGAACUCAUCACCUGCUACUUAGCUCGUAAGGUUUCCGAUUUGGGUUUCACGUCCAAAGCUGUUGCUGUUGUUGAUCUUAACAAGUGUGAACCUUGGGACCUUCCAGACAAGGCUUCCAUGGGAGAGAAAGAAUGGUACUUUUUCAGCUUGAAAGACCGAAAAUACCCAACCGGACUCCGAACCAACCGAGCCACGGAAGCCGGAUAUUGGAAGACUACAGGGAAAGACAAGGAAAUUUUUCGAGCAGGUGUACUUGUUGGGAUGAAGAAAACCCUAGUAUUUUACAAGGGUAGGGCUCCAAGGGGUGAGAAGAGCAACUGGGUUAUGCAUGAAUACAGGCUAGAAAACAAGCAUCCCUUCAAGAACACAAAGGAAGAAUGGGUGGUUUGUAGGGUUUUCCAAAAGAGCACUGCCAUGAAAAAGCCGCAGCAAGCGGCAUCCUCUCGCGAUCCAUCAAUCGAGUCCCCAUGCGACGACGGAAACUCAAUCGCAAACGAAUAUGGAGACAUUGAGCUCCCAAAUCUCAACGCCAUCGCAAACUCAUCAUCCGGCGGUUUUCUCAGCAACAACAAUAUUAUCUCCACACAAGGUUUCCUGACCAACAACAACAUGAUGAGCCUAAACAACAUGAAUUGGACUAACAGUAAUCCUCUUCCACCGCUCUCAUCCUGGCCUUCGAACUUACUAAGUCCCAAUCUUUCGAUGAACUCUUUCCUUCUCAAGGCGUUACAGCUCAGGAAUAGUGCUAGUACUUAUACUCAACCAAGUACAGAUAACUACUCGUAUAACAUGCCACAAGGAGUUUCUCAUUUUGGGACAGAUAUUCAUGAUUUAAACACCACUACAAAUUUCAAGUUAGGUUCUUCUUCUUCUUCAUCAUCCAAGAUGAUGAAUAGUAGUAAAAUCGUAGAUUCUGCGUCGCAAGUACAGCAGCAGGAGCAACCAUUCAACUUGGACUCCGUUUGGUGA